CACUUCCUCUGACUACACCUCCCACUCUCUCUUAUUCAUCCUGAUUCUGUCCCACAACCCCCACCCAGCCUCCAGUGGGCGGUGUGCGGACAUGUGCGCCCCUCCUCUCCCAUAGUGGCUGCAUAAUAGUGGCCGUGGAAUGGAUUUGAACUUGCAACCAGAACUGAGAGGUGGAAGAGGUCCGGACAUCAGACGUCUGUGAGAGAGGAGCCGCUGCACCACAGGGAUCAAACCUCCGGGACUUUCGUUUGCAGUACUGAAGUUUUCACUGAUAACCCGGACACAAGCCAGCUGGAUUUUCUGACUUUUUAUAAAUAGUGUUAACAAGAUUGUUUUGAGAUGUUUCCUCAUAUCCUCACAUACCUGCUGUGUCUGGUGUGUCUGUGUUCUGCUCGUCCUCAACCAGCCCCACCACACUCAGCGAGAGUGGAGAAGAACUCACCUGCAACCGGCUCUCUGUCAGGCCGAGUGGUGCUGCCAUGUCACUUCUCCAUGAUGCCAGACUCUCCCAGCAGCUUGACAUACACUCCCUCCACCACCACACACACCUCGACACCUGGACCUCUCCUCCCUGCUGAUGCUCCUCAAACUGAGGAGCAGCUGAGAAUCAAGUGGACAAAGCUGGAAGGAGAGGGAGAGAGGGUGGUGCUGGUGGCCCAGGCAGGGUUGGUCAAAGUGGGGCCAGAAUACAAGAGCAGGGUGUCUGUGCCCAGUCACCCGCUGUCGGUCGGGGACGCCUCUCUGAUCAUAGGGAAGCUAAGGGCCAGUGACGCAGGACUGUACCGCUGUGAGGUGAUGCAUGGGAUGGAGGAUACUCAGGACACUGUAAGCCUUAAUGUCACUGGUGUUGUGUUCCACUACAGAGCCAACAUCAGCCGCUACACCCUGGAUUUCCCUGGAGCUGUGGAGGCGUGUCAUGCUGUCGAUGCCUCCGUCGCUACACCAGAGCAGCUGAGGGCUGCUUUUGAGGACGGCUUGGACCAGUGUGAUGCAGGCUGGGUCGCCGACCAGUCAGUCAGAUAUCCAAUCACUGUGCCCCGUCAUGGCUGUGCAGGUGAUCUGAUGAACAAGCCAGGAGUGAGAACAUACGGCAUCCGACCCCCCACAGAGAAAUAUGAUGUGUACUGCUUUGUAGACAAAUUUCACGGGGAGGUUUUCUACCCUCCAUCUAUUAGCGUUAAAGUCACCUUGCAGCAGGCAAGAGAGGAGUGUGAGAAACACGAUGCUGUGUUGGCGUCGCCUGGUCAGUUAUUUGCAGCCUGGAGGGCGGGGCUGAACAGAUGCGACUACGGUUGGCUGUCUGACGGCAGCGCCCGCUACCCCAUCACCCUCCCCAAACCUCAGUGUGGAGGGGGCCAGCUGGGCGUUCGCACACUGUACAAGUACGAAAACCAAACUGGCUACCCAGACCCCUCGGAAAAGCAUGGACUUUUCUGCUUCAAGGCCUAUCUACCAGAGCCGACUACCAUGAGCCCAGGGACGACUCCAGCUGUGUACAAACCUCAAGACCCAAAAUACGAUCCCAACACUACAACACUGUGGUCACUCUCAGACCCUGAAAGGGCUGAAAUUCAAACAAGAGGACCAGAGCCGGCUGCAUACUCUCCAACAGAGAGGCCACACACAGCCUCCCCAGAUCAACUUGGGGCCCUCCACGCCUCCCCCCACACCACAGCUUCAGUGAACCCCACUCCCAUCUUAGACUACGAUGAUGUUCAAAGUUUCGACAUCAACAAGGUGGAGUCGGUACCAGUUAGAGGACACGUUGUGGUCCCCAUGGAGCUCCCUCCCUUACCCACCCUCCUCUCCCAGACUGAACAACUUGACAUCUCCCAAGGGGGGGAGUUAGGGGGCCAGGCGGGGUCGGGCCGAGGUGAGAGUGGGCAGGGAGGCAGCGGUGACGACGGCUCCAGUAGGGCUGAGGCAGGAGCAGUGGAGACCCCAUCACAGGUGUCGGCAGAAGCCGUAUCAAUACCGAGUCAGCUUCAAGAAACGACCACUGGGCCGGAGCUGAGCGUGGAAACCACAUUGAGACCAUCACAGCUUCCAGAGAUCACCACACAGAACGUUGUCCCAGAGGUGCUCUUCCUAAAGGUCGUCAGCCCAGAGCCGGGCCUCCCUGCUGGUAGUGGAGAUGAUGGGCGAGAAGAUCCUGCCAUGGUUUUUAAAGAGGACGUCACCACUAGAGUGACGCACACUUUUGACCUUGACCAAUCGCCGUCCAUUCCUGCUGUAGGUGGAGAGUCAACAGCCAAACCCCCAUUCCAUCUCAUCAUCGUCAAUGUGCACAGCCAGAAUCAGUCAGUUGACCACAUCCUGGAACUCUUAAACCAGCCUGGAAACAGCAUCUCCGGCUCCGAGUCCCUGUUUCCCCAGAUCACUGACCUUUCACAUAUGACCAGGGAAGCAAUCCAGGGCAGCGGAGACAUAGACUCUCUCGAGCCCUCACCCAUCAACCUGCCUCCAACUGUCAGCUUUUUCAAUGGAAAACACGAGGCUACAUUUGAGCCAGAGCAGCCAGAGGAAGCUAGAGGGGAUCAGUUUGAGACGGCCACUCCUGUUCGAGUAGAAGACAUGGAAGUGGAGGAGAAGGAGGACGGGGAAAGCGUGACUCCUUUUGACUACAGUGUCUUAGAAAUCCAAACAGAGGCAACACCGUCAGAGGAAACCAGUGAUGCAGUCACUCACCCUGCAAAUAUGUAUCCAGAUGUGGUAACAGACUCGGACACUGAUGUUUACAAGGUCCCUUAUGUCUUUACAGACUUUGAGAGAGUCAGUACCCAUAAACCAGAACAGGCCACCACAAUCCCAGACAUGCACCAUGUCUCAUCAGUAGCAUCCACCACACUAUCAACACCAGUCCUCUCUGGUGUCUCCCAGCCUGUCAUUGAUGUUGUCUCUGCCUGUGAGGAAACGCAGGGUUCUCCAAACUGUGAAACAGCCGCUGCUACACAGGAGGGCUCCGCACAUGAUGCUUUGCCCACUCUAGCUGCAGACAGCCAGUUGGGCAUGAUGACCGAUGAGGCUGAAAUUGGGGGGACGGAGUUACCAACUUUUAUCCCAGACACACAAUCACAAGAAACCACCACACAGACUCAGACUGAAGACUUUGAAGCAUCUGCCUCCGGAGAAGAUGAAGCUUCAGGACAAGACCCACCGGAGACACCUGGACUUACCAGCACACACCCACCGAUUUAUUCGACCCUUCACACCCAGCAGCCUCAACCUGCAGCAGGCACCGAAGUAACAGAAGUCCCUGAAGUUUUACAGGCUGUUGACACAGUUAUAGAAACAGGCUCAGGUGCAGAGCAGCUGUCUGGAGAGAAGGAGGUUUCUGAGGAACAGCACAAUCUGGUUGACCUUCCCAGAGAGGUUGCUGUUACUGUUUUACCAGCUGUGGCGGCUGUUUUAGAGCACACCACUCUCCCUACACACAUGAAGGACACAACCUCUGGAUCUAGCACAUCAAAACCCUUAACACAUCACUCCUCUGCUGUCACAGACGAUAAGAAACAUCCUGCUGUUACCGCUGAGCCUGCACCCACAACCUCUGAUGGCGACGACACGCAACCCAGCAACCCUUACAGAGACCAGGCUAAACAGUCCACCACAAGUUCCUAUAAGUAUGUAAGCCAGCCAAUGCUGUCCACCACAUUGUACACAUUCGACCAAAGCACCCACUCCGUCCCCCAGUGGGCACUGUUCCCCGACCCAGCUGCCACCCCCCUCCCAGAGGAUGAUUUGGUGGAUUACGACCAGAUUGUCCCUUCUCUGGUGGAGUCGCUGCCUCAGAUACCAGAAGAGACCAUGGCCACAGAGCAACCACAGGCUGGCACCGAUUCAGCUUACUCUGUGGAUGCCAGCACUAUGAAUGUCAGAGAUCUCCUACCGUGCUCAGCUGGUGUGUGUCAGAAUGGAGGCUCCUGCUACAAGAGGGGAGCACAAAAUAUCUGUGUGUGUGCACCUGGAUACACUGGGCAGCACUGUGAAACAGAUGUUGACGAGUGUGAGUCGAACCCGUGUCUGAACGGAGCCACCUGUCUGGAUGGAGUCAACUCCUUCACCUGUCUCUGCCUGCCCAGCUACGCAGGCGAGCUCUGUGAACAAGACACUGAGGUGUGUGGAUUUGGCUGGCAGAAGUUCCAGUCCCACUGCUAUAAGUACUUCACACACCGUCGCACCUGGGACGCUGCUGAGAGGGAGUGCCGGCUGCACGGCGCCCACCUGGCCAGUAUCCUGUCACAGGAGGAACACCUGUUUGUCAAUCGUCUGGGCAGCGAUUACCAGUGGAUUGGCCUUAAUGACAAGAUGUUUGAGAGGGACUUCAGGUGGACUGAUGGCCGGCCAAUGCAAUACGACCACUGGAGGCCGAACCAGCCGGACAGCUUCUUCCAGUCAGGAGAAGACUGUGUGGUGAUGAUUUGGCAUGAAGGAGGACAGUGGAACGAUGUGCCCUGCAACUAUCACCUGACUUUCACCUGCAAAAAGGGAACAGUGGCAUGUGGACAGCCCCCUGUGGUGAAAGACACUCGAGUGUUUGGGGCCAUGAAGCCUCGAUAUGAGAUCAACUCCCUGCUACGCUAUCACUGUAAACAGGGUUUCAUCCAGAGACAUGCCCCUACGAUACGCUGCCGUGCAAACGGCCAAUGGGACACGCCCAGAGUCACCUGCACCAGCCCUGCAACUUACCACAAGUCAUUUGCUCCCCGGCACCGGAACAACAACAACAACAGCGAGCAGCAAAACAGCCACCAGAACCAUCACAUUCAUCCCACCAAGACUCAUCAGAAAGAAACUCAAAACCAAGAGCAACAGCAGAGUUACAGCAUCCUGCAGAGCUUCUUGAACCCUUUUCAGAAGCGAGUCCAGGAGCAGCCGAGGGAGAAGAGGGAAGUGCAUGUCCAAACACAGAGGGAAGAUCAGAUGAGACACUGAUUCGGUUUGGGGCUUUUAUAAAUCAGCUAUGCUGCGGCAGCCAAUCACAGCAGGCCUGCCAUCACAUUGUAGAGUCAUCGAUAGACAGAUAGAGCGGUGUACUGACCUGUCUAUCAAUGGCUCCGAAAAGAACAAGGGGGAUGUUUUACCAGCAAAUUGUCAAUAAAUACUCCAGGAUCUGAACAGUAACACAAAUGAGAAGUAAGUAUAUUCAGCAAGUUAAAUCAGACUAUUUCACAUCUGCCUAUAAUGCCACAAUGUUCUUAAGAGGCAGGUGCUGUAAUCAUGUCACUGUGUGGUUAACUUAAUCGUCAGAUACCACACAGGUGGUCUGUGAAAUCAGAUUUUUGUUCUGUAUUCACUUUCUCCUGAACCGACAGAGAAUCUGAACACACUUUGUCAACCCAGUGACGUCUGGAAAAAUCUUAGUUUAAAGGUACGCUGGGUUUUUUGUAUUUUUAUGAACCAACAAAGAUAUAUAACAUAUUUAGAUAUAACAUAUGUACUUUCAUUGUUUCUCAAAAAAAUGAUUAUGAUCUGUGAGGCCUAAUGCUAUAAACUAGAAGGGAAGGGAACGGACCUUAAAAAUUUGUUUUGGCCACUGAGGUAAAAGAAUUGAGAAACUCUGCAGGUUGAUGACAAUACUAUUUUUUCCUACACAUCUUUAAAAUAUUCAUCACCUUUGUUGUGUUGCCGCAAUCAAAUGAGAUCAUUGUGUUCAUAGUACAUAAGUAGAGUCCAUUUGAACACCCCCAUCUUAUAUGCAUGACCUCUGAACGCUCACACGUGAGAUGUUUGCAAAUUAUUUCAAAAUUGGGAUAGGUCACAAAAGUCUAUUUUCCAUAAAAUAAGUUAAUAUAUUGUAAUUUUAGCCAUACAAACUUACAGACAAAAUGUCAGUGGUCGAGUUGUAUUGUGGGUAAUGUAGGCGUCAGGUUGUUACCAAGACGAAUAAUACAUUUUAAAUAUUUACUGCAUAUAAAGAUGGACAACACGGGACAGAGCAGCUCCCCAAGAGUGAAGCCAAAGUCUCUCAAUUGCUACCUAGUGCCUGGCUGCAGUAUAGAGUAGGUCAUAAAUCCUGCCUCCUCCAUGUUAAUGAACGGGAGACCAAAAAGUGAAAGUACACGUUAAAUACAUUUUUCCCAAAGACGGUAUCUCUCAUUUGAGGUAUUUCUAAUCACACUGAUUUAUGUUGAAGUGUACAUUUUUUCCAGUAAAAUUGGAGUUGGUUAGUCAUCUGAUAAAAACAAGUAGUAGCAUGGUUGAAAACUUAGACUGAAUCAUGGUUGGUUUAGCACAUGUAUCAUUUGGACACUUCAUACCCAGAUCCAGCUCCAAAUGGCCAAUAUGGUGGCGUUUGACACAGAGACAAGAUGCUAACAAAACUCUGUAAACCUGUUGCUCCAUAGUGCUAAUGUACCACUAUUGGUCUAAUCCCCAUAAAGUACCUUUAAUAUCGGGAAGAUUCUGCACAUACUAAAUAAUCAAUCAAUCAAUCAAUCAAUCAAAUUGUAUUUGUAUAGCCCAUAUUCACAAAUCAUAAUUCGUCUCAUAUGGCUUUAACAGGGUGUGCCGUCCUCUGUCCUUAACCCUCAGCAAGAGUAAGGAAAAACUACUAAAAACCCUUUUAACAGGGUAAAAAUACGUAGAAACCUUAGAGAGAGCCACAUGUGAGGGAUCCCUCUCCCAGGACGGACAGAAGUGCAAUAGAUGCCACGUGCAGGAAAACAUCAUCAAGAUUAAAGUUUUAAGCAGUAGUGGAAGUCUCAAAACCCCAAAAAACUAUUCAUUGAAAUAUUUGUGUUUUAUUUUAAAGGAGCCAUUGUAUGCCCAUUUUACCACAGUUGAAAUGGUUCUUUGGGGUCUUAAUGAAAUGUCUGUAACAUAUUUUGGUCAAAAUACCACAAGGAGCAUUUAAAACAGCACCUUUUUUAACCUGUCUAAAACCGCCCUCCUCAGAUUGACCUGUUUUUAGUGCCCCGCCAACCAUCUCACAGAGCGAGACUCCCUACAUGGGCAUGGUUUGAACAUGAUGUAUUUUCGGUCGUAAUCCCAUUCGACGCCAUCUAGCGUAUCGUUUCUGACAUACAGGAACCACAACAAAUCGCGGGAGUUUUUUCCCCCAGAGUUUCUGGGACGGUAGACAUGCCAGAUACCCAAAUUAACGUAUAGACGCACUACAAAAGUGGAAUUUUCAUAAUAUGUCCCCUUUAAUACAAGCUCGUCCAGUAUUGAGAAUAGUUAUAAUGUUAUUGAUAGACUAUAAAAAAGCAUGAAUGCAUCACUUUAAAUUAUUAUCCUGAAACAUCCUCAGUUUGUCUAGUUUCGGGCUGUGCUGCUUACUAUGACAAUUCUUUUUUACCGGUUUAUCUCCCUGGUAGUUUUUUUGUACAAAAUAUUUUAACACAGAAAAUGAUUUUUUAAGGGAGAGAUGGGAGAUUUAAAGAGCGGCACACAGAGCUAAAGAGAGGUCGGUAUAUUAUUAUGAAUGUGUGUGCUGUGGCUAUUAAUCAUAGGAUAUAUAAUAUAGAUACUAUAUAAAGCCAUAUGAAUUUAACUUAUUGUAUACUUUAAACCUAUGAAUGGACUGUGAUAUCAAAUAAAGGUCAUAGGAAGUAGUUCUGUUAGGAGUACUUCCUUUUUUGUUUACUGUCAUGCUGUUUCUUGCGGAGAGAACUUCUCAUCAUUUACAACAGUCCAUGCUGCCGUCGUGGAUGUUCGCUGCAUUUUUUUUAGCAACCUUAGCUAUUCGAGCUGUUGGGGCCUCUUAUUUUGCUGAGGGUAUUUGAGAGUAUUUCGCUUGAAACUGUUCUACAUAGUUAUGCUGGGUUUUGUUAGCGUUCUCAGCUACAUGUAAUUUGUUGCAUUCUGGUGCACAUGUGGAACCUGUGUUUUUAACUUAACUGAUAUGGGAAUGUGAAAAAGCCACAUAGAGGCAACAUCAUCCACAAUAUUUUGUAACUGAUCCUGACACAUUUUAGGUAGUUUUUUUUUCAUGUUCUCAUACAUUUUCCUUUUUAUAUAUUGUUUGUCCAUGUAUAUGCAUUUUUAAAAGUUCUUUUUCUACUCUUUGUGGUUGAUAGGGUUUACUGUGUCUGUGGCACAAGAGCUUAUGUUUUAUGUUACUGUGUCAUUUUCCAGUCAAGUUACUGUAAAAUGUUCAUCAUCCUGGUUUCAUUGUCAUUGUCCGCUGUGUGUCCAAUAAUACCAACUCAUACCACAACCUGU